GUCUGCAGCUCUUCCUGAGUGAGUGAGUGUGUCUGUGUGUGUGUGUGCGUGUUUUUUUUUUUAUUUUGGGUGGGUGAUUUCUGUAUGCAGUGAAAACAAUGUAGGAUGAGUUCAUGUUGGGAGACGUCUCCCAGCUCAGCCCUCGUCUGGGGAUUAUAGCUGCCUGAGCAAAGCUGCACACAGCUACACGGAAGUGAAGGAAGUGCUGUAAGCAGAACAUCUGUCCUUUCACUCCGAAACACCAGUCAACCCUGCAUGUAUGUUUAAUGGACUGGAGGAACACCUGGAGAAAACCAGUGCAGACGUGUGGACAACAUGCAGUCGCCACACAGAACAGUUCCAGCCAUAAAUCACACCUUCUCGUUGUGAGCUGACAAUGCUAACCAUUAUCACGAAAAAGGAGACGUGGGAUCUCCAGUGUGCUGGUUGUGGAGUGGCUCAAGAUGACCCUUGUGAUCUGAAAGCGGAGAGCAGCACCGACAUGGACAACGAAAUCACGGCCAAGGAGCGAGGAGUCCUGGAGGAGAACAACGAGAAGGACGAGAUGGACCGGGACAGGUCCCAAGAGGAUGAGGGGGAAGAAAAGAAGCUGAAGGAGGAGGAAGGCGAGGGGGAGGAGAAGAAGAUGAAGGAGCAGGAGCAGGAGCCCCUGACGGAGGAGCAGGAGCUGGAGGAGCUGAGGGGUCAGGUGCUGCAGCUGCUGCUGGAGCUGGAUGAAGCCAGGGAGACGUCCAACAAACACCAGGAGAGCUUCCAUGAGCUCCAAGGUCUGCUGGAAGAUGAGCGCCUGUCUAGUGCCCAUCAAGCGGAGGCUUUUACACGGCAGAUCCAGAACCUACAAGCCCAGCUGCGCUCCGUGCAGGAGGAGAUGGACAGCCUGGAGGAGGAGAAGGAGAGCGAGCUGGCCGAGGCCCAGGAGGAGCUGCGCGUGGCCCAGGAGGAGGUGCUGCUGCUGCAGCAGGCGGCCGAGGAGGCGGCGGCGGAGCGGGAGAACGACAUCGCCUCGCUGCAGGAGGAGCUGUGUCGCCGGCGGGCCGAGCUGCAGCGUCUCAGCGAGGAGACGCAGGAGUACGAGCUGGAGAUCACCACGCUGAGGGCCGAGAUCAGCAUGAAGAGCCAGCGGAGGGAGGCCGAACGGAGAGAGGGUGACGUGGAUCUGCUGAAGGAGGAGUGCCGUAUGCUGAGGGAGGAGUGCCAGGCCCUGAAGGAGGACAACAGGCGUCUAUCUGAGAGGCUGCAGCUGCUGCAGAGACAGAGGACAUGCUCCAGUGUCUACCUGUCACUGAAAGAGGAAGACACAGCCGAGGGUCCGGAGGAGAAGGACAUGCAGACCGGCCCCGACGAGGUCAUGACGGAGAGUUACAUGACCAUGGCCCAGUCUCAGAACUGCCGCCUGGUGGAUGCCUCCAUCCAGAAGAACAUCUCAUUCGACGGGAAGCCUGCGACACCGACCGGCUGGAAUGGAGGCGUCGGGGAAAUCUUCUCUCUGAGGGACCAGCUGAAGCAGGCCGAGGAGAAGGCCUCGCAGGUUCAAAGAGAGUGUGACGGUCUGAAGAUGGAGCUGCAGGAGCUGCAGGUGCUGUACGACAGCAGUCAGAGGGAGAGGGCGGAGCUGGAGGAGGAGCUGCAGCGCUGCAAGGCAGAGCUGGAGAAGCUGUCGGGGGGGGCUCAGAGAUUCAUCCAUCCGUCUGAGCACCCUGUUCUCUCCAUCCCCUUCAUAGGAAUGAUUGUAAUUGUGGCUGUGGUCUGGUGCUGGUUGUCGGAGCUGGCGUCCCAGAGAGCAAGGGGAGUGAGGUAGGUUGGAACUCCGUUGUGACUCUCACCGCAGCCACAGCAGUGCUACUAGCGAUGGCUGGCUUGUUGAGAGCUCUCGUCCGAUGUUGACCGGAUGGGUAACAGCUGCACGAGGACGGACGUCUGCUUCAGACCAGCCUCGGUUCUCCCCUGCCACAUCCACAGUCGAAACUGGAAUGAUUAAAAUAGGAUUCAACUGACAACGGUUUAGUAGAAAACAUAAGAGAAGCUCCAUCUCCAACAAGACGGUACUUCAGCACAGGCAGACUGAGAAUGAUGCGCUCGGUCUCGCUGGAGGUUUGAACGCAUCGCUGACGACGAGCUGACCUGCAGGGAGUCCACACGAGGACCGAAAGAAGUACAGCUAGUGCCGUCAUUCCUCCUUUGUGUCCGUGAAUGUGGUCUUUAUUUUUCUCUUUUAAAACAAUGUGACAAAAUGAAGUUCUUGUUCGUUAAUGCGCACUAAACGGGUUUUAUUUUAUUUACCCAUUAUUUAUUUAGAAUGUUUGUUGUAUUAUUGCUUGUCAGUGUUGCCGAUAGUAAUGACAGUUACUCUUGCUGAACGUUCAUACCAUGAAACAUUAACAAAAUGAGCUGUAAACUAUCAUUUACUUCGCAUAAAUGUCUACAUUCACAAGCAGUCACACGAGGAUGUUAUCCUGCCAGUCUCCUCCUUCACUUCCUUUAGAUGUCGAUAUUUUUCUUCGUAAAAACGUCAAUAAUGUGCAAUAAAAAGACAUACAGGUAAGGCUAACUUAGAUAUGUGCCAGUCCAGGCUAAGUGUGUAGUUUUUCUAAAAGGCAUGUCACCUAUGGAAGGUGAAGUUGGCUGAUCUUCAUCUUCAACAUGCCAGAAGGUCAGAGCAGUCUGACUCUCCCACUCACUGCUCAGCUUCAAAUCUCACAGCCCCACAGAGCUGUUUCAUUGACAAGUGGCUUCAGACUCGCUGUGUUCCUGUAAAGAUAUUUUAACAACUUUGGAGAGGAAAUCGGGCCGCGAUCCAGCUUUGCUGUUCUGUUAUCUUCCCACAUUUCAGCUCCGUGUCUCUUUCUCUCCAUCAGGAUUUCACUGCUUUUGGUUUUUUCCAAAAGUUACUGCAGCUUUUUCUUUUUUAAAUAAUAAGAAAAAAAAAGGUACUAAGUUUGAAAACGAAGACUCAGUUUACUGCAGGUCCGAUAAAUAUCAAGUGUUUUCGGUAACGGAUCAAUUAAACCACAGAUCUAUAAUACAUGAACAUGGUUGGAUGUCGCUGAGGAUCCAAAAUGUGUAAAUAGGAUUCACCACAAAGAGUUAGUCUAAGCAUCACUACCAAAAUCUUAUUUGUGUAUUGAAGGAAUCUAUUUACAUUGGUGAAAUGUUUUUUUUUUUUUCGUGACAAUCUUUUAGAACUGAAAAAGCAUGCUAGAAAACAUAGAAGCACAAUAUAUAAUUUAUGUUGGUUAUGUGGAUUCUGUUACUUUGUAUUCCAUGUAAAUAGAUGUGACAUAUAGUACCAUGGGAGAGGUAUUUCUUAAAUCCAUUUGUACUAGCUUUGUAGAAAGUUUAUUCUAUUUUGAAAGAGCAUCGUAUAUUUGAUAGCCAGAUUCUACGCGAUGAAAUGUUUAUUUAUGACGUUAUUCAAAAGAGUCGCUCGCGUUUCCAACCACUUUCAGUAUCUCUGUGUUCAAAGCUGGUGUAGUCACCGCAUGCAUUUACUGUAGAUCGCAGCCGACCACGUCGUCUCCGGGAAGCACAGUCCAGCCGAGCUUCAGAAAUGUGCUUAACCUUUCUGAAACGUUGGUCAUCAAACAGAACCUCGGUCAAAGCGCCGCUCUCACUUCUGCACAACAACGUGCCCUUGGACUGCACAUGUCACAGCUCGAUAAACCUCCAAAAGAAACAGUUCUUUUCAACUACAAUCGUACAUAAUACGGGGCAUCGUUUGUCUUCAUUUCUGCGCUUAUGUCAUGAAUAUUACCAUGAGUGGUUUCAGAAGCUUCUCUAUUGCACAGUGUUUCUUAAGUUUGCUGCUUUUACAUAUGAAUAGCAUUGUUGUUUUCAGUAUAGUUGUGGCUAUUUUGUUACAUGGAGGUCUAUUUUGCACUGUAAAUGACUUGAAAAAAUAAAUAUAUCCAAGGCA